AUGCGAAUGGCGAAAAAUCUCAACUGCAUCUUCUGCGACAUCGCCAGGGGGGUUACUCGGCCGGGUCGUGAGCCGACCACGCUGCUUUACAAGGAUGACUCGUUAGUAGCAUUCCCCGAUAUUAAGCCAGCUGCAUACAAGCACAUCCAGGUGAUCCCCAUCGAGCACAUAGCAACAGUGAACGAUCUCACCCCCAGCGAAGCACAUCGGCAACUAGUGGAGAGCAUGGUGACACUGGGUCAAAAGCUUGUCAGAGAACAUGCACCCGACGCCAAGGAGUACCACUUUGGCUUCCACCGCCCGCCGUUCAACAGUGUCAACCACCUUCACCUGCACUGCUUCGCUCUCCCCUUCCACUCCUGGUUCCACCAGCUGAAGUACACUCCAAGGCUAUUGAUUCCAUUCUUCAUGACACCAGAUGCAUUAUUAGAACGGCUCGGAAAGCCAUCAGCAACAAAUGAAUGA